UCCCGAGCGGCGCGGCCAUGGCGCUCGUGCUCGCCGCCCUGCGCGUCCUGCUGGGCGGUUUCUUUGCGCUCACGGGGGCGGCCAAGCUCUCGCAGAUCUCGGCUCCCGUGUCGCAGCAGAUGAAAGCCCUGUUCGUGCAGUUUGCUGAGGUGUUCCCGUUGAAGUUGUUCGGCUACCAGCCAGAUCCUGUGAACUACCAAACAGCUGUGGGCUGGCUGGAGCUGCUGGCUGGGUUGCUGUUGGUCGUGGGCCCACCGAUGCUACAAGAUAUCAGUAACUUCCUCUUGACCCUCCUCAUGAUGGUGGCUAUCUUCACUUUGGUAUCUCUGAAAGAGUCACUGAGCACCUCCAUCCCAGCCAUUGUCUGCUUGGGGCUCCUGCUGCUGCUGGACGUCUGCCAGUUCUUAGCCCAAACUAAGAAGAUGGUCACACACUCUAGGAAGAAGACUCCAAGUGCAUUCAAGGAACCCUGGACGUAGAGAGUCCCUUCAUACCAUGCAGCUGUCCCAGCAGGAACAUGCUGGAAUAGUCUGUCACCUCAUUACCAGUACGUUCCAUGUCUUCCAGUGUUGAAAGAGACAUCUUGUCUACCUAGCCCUGAUUACUCUCUGUAACUAUACUGUUCUCUUUUGAGGGAUAGAUGUUGCACACACUGACAUUCUUCAUGUCAUGUGAAAAUAGAAAAUAAGCAAAAAAGAAAUUUAAAACACCAAAAUUCUAAUAUUCCAAAAUUACCACUUUUAAUGCCUUGGUACUAUAUCUCUUGUCUUUUUCUAUGCCUUUGUAUAGAUUUAUAUAUUUUUAAAUGAAAAUGAGAUCAUAUAUCCUAUUUUAUUACCUACUUUUUAAACCUGGUAUUCUGUAACACCAUUCCGUGUCUCUUUUACCUCAUUAGUCUUGAUGGCUGCAUAGUAUUCCAUUUUAAGGAUUUAGUCUACCUUCCGUGAGGAACGUUCCCAAUUUUUUGUGAUUGUAAACCUCACAAUAAAUCAUCUUUGCAUACUUA